AUGUUCAAAAUGAGAAGAAAAAACAUUUAUCAAUAUUGUGUUAGUGUAUGUGUGUUAUUGUACAUUUACUAUUUCUUUGGUGUCAGUGACUAUGUGUUUUCCAAGAGUUUCGAAAAUAACUUCGAUUAUCCUUUAAAUAUUGACAUUCGACCAAUUGUGAAUGAUAUACUAUCAGGAAAAAAGCCCAGUGUCACACCGAUAAACUAUUAUCCUUAUAGGUUCUUGACUAAUUCAGGAAAAUGUUCUACAAUGAAACAAUUGGAUUUAUUCAUUAUAGUUAAAUCAGCGAUGGGCCAUUUUGACCAACGAUCGGCGAUACGACAGACAUUCGCUAAAGAAAACGUAGUGCCUGGAAAGACAGUCCAAACUUUAUUUUUCCUAGGCAUAGAUAAAGAACCAAAGUCGGAAACUCAAAUAAAAAUAGAUGAAGAAAUGGCGCAAUACAAAGACAUAAUACAAAUCGAUUUUCUAGAUACAUAUUUUAAUAAUACAAUAAAAACUAUGAUGUCAUUCCGCUGGUUGUACGAGCAUUGUCCAAUAGCUGAUUACUAUCUAUUUACAGAUGAUGACAUGUACAUUUCUGUGAAAAAUUUGUUGAGUUACGUUGAUAGUGAAGAAGACAGCGUGAAAAGUGAGAAAGAGAGAGUGUUAUUCGCUGGUUACGUCUUCAAAUCCAUUCCACAGCGAUUUCGUUCGAGUAAAUGGAGGGUGUCUUUAGAAGAAUAUCCGUGGGACAAGUGGCCGCCGUAUGUUACCGCAGGGGCGUUUGUUCUAUCCAAUAAAUCUAUGAAGAUGUUAUAUGUAGCAAGUUUAUUUGUAAAACAUUUCCGUUUCGAUGAUAUAUAUCUCGGAAUAGUGGCCAAGAAAGUCGGUAUUGAACCAACGCACUGUCCAAAUUUUCACUUUUAUAAAAAGAAGUAUACUAAAGUUGGAUACAAGGAUGUGAUAGCGUCUCAUGGAUAUGAUGAUAAAGAGGAACUGAUUAGAGUUUGGAAUGAGGAGAAUUAAUAUUUUUUUUAGUAUCUACUAAGUUAGAGAUUAUAUUUUAUACAGAAAAUAUUGUCACAACAAAGUGAAAAACUUAUUUGCCUUAUUUCUGUAAAUGUAUAGUUUUUAUAUCAGCAUGUACAUUGAAAAAACGUGUAUAUACUGGCAUUUAUAAGUAAUUGCAUCAAAUUAAUGUUGACGACUAUAUAAAUUUUUAACUACAAACUGCAAAUUUUGCAUAUUAUGUGUUAGUACUGAAAGUAUGUGUUAUGUAAGCAUAAUCUGUAUUUCAUUACGUAAUAUUUACACAAACAUUCUUAUAUACUUGAAUAAGUAGAAGUAGAGUAAUAAACAUGUUGCACAUUACUCAUUAGAAAAAAUCAUAGAUAUUUAUGGUAUAAGGUUUUUAUGGUAUAAGCAUAAUCUGCAACUUUUUGCUUAGUGAAUGUGUAUUGAAUUGAAUACCUAUCAUAUAAAUGAUUUUUUUAAAUCAAUCUUAUUUUAAUUUGUAUAAUGGCUACUCUAGUCCACGCCAAUCAUUGGAAAACCAAUUUACUGAUUUAAUUUUCAAUAAUCAAUCUCAUUUUGCUUAUGAUAAUUUCAUAUUGAUUAGAUAUUGGUAUUAUUUUAUUUAUAAAAUAUUAACUGUAAUCAUGUCAUUGCUUUUUAUAUACAAUGUGUCCCUCUACGUUAAUUUUACGAAAUCAGUGUAAGCUAAAAGCAUAGUAAAAAGAGAGAAGUAGACAAACUUCCAACUGACGAGGCGCAGGGUUGCCACUUGUCACAUUGAUAUUUUAAAUUUUUGUAUAAACAGACACCUCACACACCUGCUCAAAACAACGGCGCGGCCCUCACGAGACCGGUAAACGAGUAGGAACCGAGCGGCAUGGCUAAGCGUACAUACAUACAGACAAGACGGCGCGAUGUACCUUUAUUCGAAGAUAACAUACUUCUUUCUUUUUAAUAUGCUAAAAGUCCCUUUCAGCUUAGUAGAUCGACGGUGAGACAUCCUAUAUACAAUAUUAUUUUAUGCUAGGUAUAAUGUAUAUCAAUUUACUCCUGAAGUUAUCACUUCAAAUAAAAAAAAUGGGACAAAUAGUUUACCUACUUCGUAUUUUGGUAUAUAUUAUUAUUAAAUACCUAUGUGUAUUUUUUGUAAUGUUCAUAGUU